CUCUCUAAAGAAACUUUCAACUGAAUCCAUCAGGUUUUUCUCAACAAAACAGCAGAAUCUCUGCCAAACCCUGAGUGUGGAUAUGUCUGCUGCCAGCUGUCUGCUGACUGAAGAUCAGUUUCUGUGCUCCAUCUGUCUGGAUGUGUUCACUGAUCCAGUCAGCACACCAUGUGGACACAACUUCUGUAAAACCUGCAUCACUCAACACUGGAAUAUUAAUGUCCCGUAUCAGUGUCCCAACUGUAAACAGAUUUUCUACUCAAAACCUGAGCUGCAGGUCAACACUUUCAUCUCUGAGAUGGCUGCUCAGUUCAGACAGUCAGCUCAACAGAAAGCCAGCAGCAGCAGCUCAGAGCAACAAGCUGCCAAACCAGGAGAAGUUCCCUGUGACGUCUGCACUGGAACCAAAGUGAAGGCCCUGAAGUCCUGCCUGGUGUGUCUGGCCUCCUACUGUGAGACUCACCUGGAGCCUCAUCUGACAGCUUCACGCCUGAAAAGACAUCAGCUGAUCGACCCUGUGGAGAACCUGGAAGGCAGGAUGUGUACGAAGCACGAUAAACUGCUGGAGCUGUUCUGUAAGACCGACCAGAUGUGUGUCUGCAUGCUCUGCACUGUUUUAGACCACAAGACACAUGAUGUUGUUCCUCUGAAAGAAGAAUAUGAAGGAAAGAAGGCCGAGCUGGGGAAGACAGAGGCUGAAACUCAGCAGAUGAUCCAGAAGAGACGACUGAAGAUUCAGGAGAUCAAACGCUCAGUGGAGCUCAGUAAGGAAGAUGCAGACAGAGAGAUAGCAGGUGGUGUUCAGGUCUUCAGCGCUCUGAAGGAGUCUGUUGAGAGAAGCCAGGCCGAGCUCAUCGACACGAUCAAAGAGAAGCAGAGAGAGACAGAGAAACAGGCUGAAGGCUUCAUCAAAGAGCUGGAACAGGAAAUCUCUGAGCUGAAGAAGAGAAGCUCUGAGGUGGAGCAGCUCUCACGCUCUGAAGACCUCCUCCACCUCCUCCAAAGAUUCCCGUCCCUGAACGCUGCUCCACCCACCAAGGACUGGACAGAAGUCAGCGUCCGUCCACCUUCAUAUGAGGGGACUGUGAGGAGAGCUGUGAAGCAGCUGGAGGAGACGCUCAGUAAACAGAUGAAGAAGCUGCUUGAGGCCGAGCUGAAGAGGGUCCAGCAGUAUGCAGUGGAUGUGACACUCGAUCCUGAUACAGCAAAUCCUUGGCUCAUCCUGUCUGAUGAUGAGAAACAAGUAAAGUGUGGUGAUAUAAAGAAGAAUCUCUCAGACAAUCCAGAGAGAUUUGAUACUUGUCCCUGUGUCUUAGCAAAGCAGAGUUUCUCUUCAGGAAGAUUUUACUACGAGGUUCAGGUUAAAGGGAAGACUGACUGGGAUUUAGGAGUGGCCAGAGAGUCGAUCAACAGGAAGGGAAUAAUCACAACGACUUCUCAGGAUGGUUUCUGGAUGAUAUGGUUGAGGAAUAAAAAUGAGUACAAAGCGUGUGCAGACCCUCCAGUCCGUCUCUCUCUGAAGUCUCAGCCUGAGAAGGUGGGGGUGUUUGUGGAUUAUGAGGAGGGUCUGGUCUCCUUUUAUGACGUUGAUGCUGCAGCUCUUAUCUGCUCCUUUACUGGCUGCUACUUCACUGAGAAACUCUACCCAUUCUUUAGUCCUUGUAAUAACGAUGGUGGUAAAAACUCUUCCCCUCUGAUCAUCUCUCCUGUCAAUCACACUGAGCAGAACAACCAUUUGAUUUUCUACAUUUAA